GUUUGUCGGCCAUGGAUAUCGACGAGUCUGUCCCCUGGACGAGCCAUCACAGCUGCCAUGUAUGCUGCUAUCUCAGGCCAUCCUUGCUCUCGCCUCCAGUGUGCCACUGCGCGACUAAUCACGUAGCGGACUUUCAGUGACUGCGGCUGCCUGUAUACCUUCUUCGGGAAAGCGUGGUUUCCAAACUCAAGAACAAUCCAACGGUUCGACAACGCAGUCCUUCGUAAUGACCAGGGAGCGUCGGGCUUCUGUCACAUUGAUACUAUCCACCUGCCUGCUGCCCUGGGGUUGCCUCAGUGUAUUCGGUUCCCGCACCGAACGGGUGUUCGCCCAGCUGAAGGCGUUGCGCGAGUGCGAGCAGCGGGCAUUUUUCGAGGCCGGAGACAAUGACACUGCUGGAUGUGACUGGAGGUUUGACGGAUGGCAGUGUUGGCCACCAACGCCGCGUGGAAUGACGGCUAAGGCACCAUGUCCGACACUACUGCCUGGCAACGUUAACGCCUCGGCUACCGCUACGUACCACUGUCUCAUGAGGGGCUCCUGGCAAGAUGAAAUGGGGAACUAUGACGCCUGCACAGUAUCGCCAUACUUUGACCCCGAACUGAAGCUUCUCCUUGACAUCGCUGAAGAAAUCGGAGAGUACGUUCCUUGGGAACAGAGUUCUCCGAGGGGAGAGAACUGGAUGUGGCAAGAAAAGAUCGACCACUUCAAGCAUUGCCUAGAGCACGUACUGCUCAAGCCAUUUCCUGAGCUCGGAGCGAACGAAUCCCUAUGCCCACGAACAUGGGAUGGCUGGAACUGCUGGGAUGACACCCCGCCUGGACAGACUGUGUUCGCACCAUGCCCCCAAUUUGUGGCCGGAUUUCUGUCUUCUAGACAAGCGCACAAAUUAUGCACGUCAAACGGGACGUGGUUCCGGCAUCCCGUUACUGGUCAUGUGUGGUCCAACUACACUGCAUGUGUAGACACUCACGACCUUCAGUUCCGAAACUUGGUGAAUUCACUCUACGUCACAGGUUACUCCAUAUCACUGGUUGCCCUACUCUUGUCACUAUUCAUAUUUUGUUACUUUAGGUCUCUUCGCUGUAGGAGGAUCACUAUUCACAAGAAUUUGUUCACUUCGUUCAUCAUCAAUAAUCUAUGUUGGAUACUGUGGUACAUACACGUCAUUGCACAGCCUCAUGUGAUAGAAGAAAGCCCGAGCUGGUGCCAGGCCCUGCACGUCGUGACCCAGUACUUCCUCUUGUGCAAUUACCUCUGGAUGUUCUGCGAGGGUCUCUACUUGCACACGCUACUCGUGAUGGCUUUCAUUGCCGAAGAUAAAAUUCUCAAGUGGUUUCUGCUCAUUGGAUGGGGUUUUCCGCUGCUUCCAACGAUAGGCUACGCUGUAAUGCGUGGCCUAGAUCCAGAGGCGUCAAGAAUGUGCUGGGUCGAGCACGACGUGUGGUACACUUAUAUUCUGAGCGUUCCUGUCUGUUUCUCGAUACUGCUUAGCUUCGCAUUUCUCGUCAACAUCGUAAGGGUACUGGUGACGAAGCUUCGGGCUGUCAAUUCCCCUGACAACGAGAGCACAAGGAAAGCCGUGCGGGCUACAGUGAUAUUGCUUCCUCUUUUGGGCUUGCACUACGUGGUUACUCCGUUCAGACCAGACAAGGGCUCUAUCUUCCUCGCUUACGAGAUCAUCUCAGCAUUGGUCACGUCAUUACAGGGUCUUUGUGUUGCUCUCCUGUUCUGCUUCUUCAAUGGAGAGGUUCUAGGCGUCCUUCGGAAGACACUCUCGCAGACUCCAUGUUUCAGGAACGAUGGCCGACGGAUGUCUUACGCGAAUACCAGCAUCAGCUUUCUUCCAAGACGUUCGUCUGACGGCAGAAGUCCGUCUGUGUCGCCCAACCAUCAGCAGACCAUGCUGUGAAAGAAAACAAGCGGGGAGUUUGUGCGUAGAAAAAAAACAAAGACUGGACAAUCGACGUUCUUGUCAUUUGAGGAUCUGAUACCCUGUGGGACAAUUGCGCUGUGCAGACAAGGAUAUGCACUGGCGAUGUGAACUUUUUUGGUUACACGGCCAAACAAUCAUACCCAAGUGUGCUUGCGUGGAGACAUCACUGUGCUUACAUAUGUCGCGAUGUGCAUAUCAACUGACAGACACCACCUUUAUUCACCGUCUACAUCGACAACAACUGCAUCGGACUAUAGAUCACAAACAAUUCUCGUCUUUUGUUUAGUUAAUGUUUCUGUUUGCAUAUACCUAGUCUCGUUUUUCGUUUUCGAUGUUGCUGUUUACCGAGGUGUGUGUUGAACCACCGACUGUGCUGUUCACGCAAGAAAAGCGCUUACGAGUGCCAAUUGUUUACGAAAUAUAUCGUCAAUUGUGUAACAUUGAAGGUCUCAGAGGCUAAAAGUGCCGGUGAUUUUUCUUAUCUAAACUGACACAAAAAUAAGCCAAACACGUGGAGAAAGAGUGCGAAUGCUUCGGGAGCAUGGACAUGAAGUCGCAAAGGUAAGUUUGCGGUUGGUAGACGUACGCGAUGAUUUGCUGUGCCGAUCAUGACUUCUUCAAGAACGCUUAUUCCAGGAAUUUCGUCCAACCUCCCACUUUUUCACGACUUUCGAAGGAAGAAUGGGGAAUGUACAGAUGUAACAUGCGUGUCAGUGGGAAGAUAAGCAACGUAAUAAAUUGUGAAUAAUAGAUAAAAAGAAUUCAAUAGAACAUUA